UUUUACAGAACUAGUUAAUAUACUCCUAAAAGAAGGUAUGUGUUCUUAUUAUUUUAUGGACAAAAAGCGGCCUAGUUUUCCAGUACGACUCUAUGAAUUCUAUGUUGAGAGAAAACUUCUAAAGGAACCUUUAGAGAGUGAAAGUUCCUGAAAAUAUCCUGCGAGUAAUUGCAAAUCCAGUUCAUUUUCACCAUCUGUUGACGUAAACGCUAGCAGGUGCAGACAGCAGUAGAUAACAGGGUAUACAGUGAUUAAGAUGUAUAGAGGUGACCUUUAGAAAAGGACUCGAUAUAGGGAAAGCGUGAGUGAGUGAGCGAGCGAGGGAUGGAGUUUCAGCGGCUGAGUGAUCUAUUGAAGGUCAGAUCAUGCAGUGUACUGCUACUAUUGAGCGCCUCUUUAUAUAGCUUCCCACCCACCAGACCCAGCCAGGCCUAAGGAGGGUCAAAAUGGGACUGCCUUUACUUUUUAGGGUCUAUAUUUGUGUAAUGUUGGUCCUAAAGUUGGUUUGUGCAUUCUAUUACUCCUGAUCACCUCUAUUUAACUCAUUUUCUCCAACAUAGCCAAAGUAUAAUAAAGGGCAUGUGUCUUGUGCAUGUGGCCCUGUCAAUCAUCUCAGUAUGUUCCUCUGUUCUACACCAUUCUCUGAAUGGUGCGACUGUACAUGUGACCGUACAACAGAGACCAGCCCCCUCUCGGUCACUCAGCUACCUCUCUUAAUUCCCUCCGGUGGAUCCAGCGACUGCUCUUCCAAGUACUUGAGAAAACGUUGGCUCUAGAGUGGAUACAAACACAUUUUUAUAAACUGUUUGACUGUACUUGUACGGGGGAGGGACUGCAAGAUGGUAGCUUCACGUAGCUGGCUGUUGGGGCUUAUUGUAGCUCUGCUUUGCACUGGACCUUUCGGGGAUUCUGUGCAGGCUGAAGAAAGGCUGAGAAGUGAGGAAGUCGAGGAGCUGAACGCUCUGGACCCUACUGGAGGGGAGAAAGAGGAGGUGGCUGAUGAGGAGGAGGGUGGAGAUGUAUCUGAAGAAGCAGAUGAAGACACGGUAGGAGAUGGGGAAGUAGAGGAAGCUUCUGAGGAAGAGGUGACACCAGAAGAGGAGAUAACUAAUGAGGCUGAAGUAGCGGAAGACGAGGAUGAGAAUGAGGCAGAAGAAGGAGCAGAGGAAGAUUAUGUGGCUGAAGGAGUAACAGAGGAAGAGGAAGAAGAAGAAGAAGAGGAGGACGAGGAAGUAUCAGAGGAAGAUGAUGUGGCAGAAGGAUUAAUAGAAGAAGAGGAAGCAGCAGAGGAGGAAGAAGAGGAGGAAUACACAAAUGAAGAGGUAGAGGAGGAGGAGGAAGAAGGAUUAGCAGAAGAAGACAAUUCAGCACAACAGAUACCGGAGGAAGAUGAAACAGCAGCAGAGGAUGAGGGAGCACCAGGUGAGGAAGAGGAAGAGGAAGAUGAGGAGGAGGAGGAAACUGCUGAUGAAGAUAAUGAGGAGACUGGAGAUGAAGGUGAAGAGACCAUGGUUGAAGAAACUGACAAUGAGGAAUAUUUAGAGGCGGAAGAGUUGGUCUCCACAAAGGAUACAGAGUAUAGCUCAGGCUCUUUCUGUGCCCUUUGCUCAGUCUGCGAGCACUGCGGUAUCUGUGACAAAUGUCCCUGUGAGGAAGGGGACGUGUCAGCGCACUGCAAUCACUGUGAAGAUUGUUCCUACUGUUACAUUUGUCCUGUGAUCUGUGAAACAGUCUGCCAGCCAGGUGGAAUUCUUGAUGUACUGAGCGGUUCUCUCUACCAGACUGUGAACACCUUGCUCUGAAUCCGUUCAGCAUUCUUCACAACACGUCUCUUGGUGAACAGAGGAACUACAGACUACCAUUCAAAUCAUUCAUUUGUAGGCCUGUCUAUUUGACUCUCAAGAUCGGUGGACUUUUGACUCUGAGGCCUUUGAUGAGAGCGGACAACUGAUCUUAAGUAUAAGCCAGGAAAUGCCAACGCCAAUAUUUACCAUUUAAUGGCACUUCAAAGGUGAUUUCACAGGCUGCAUUAAAUGAAUAACAAAUAUGGUUAUGUGCAAAUGAUCUCAUUAGGUACUUUUACAAUAUUACUGCUUUUUGACUGUAUUUUUGAUCAAAUAAAUGCAGUCUUUGUGAA